CACGGCGCGGUCACCUCACUCGCCAAGUAAAGAUGCUCAAGAGGCUCGCCCGCACUCCGUCGUCGCCAUGGGUCUGCUCACAAUGCCUGCGCCACUCGCUGCGCCAACGGAGGCCCAACAGCACCUUCGCCGCCGCCAACGCCCGCAAUCCCACUUCGCCGGCUGCCCUCUACGGUCUGUCUGCCAGCGGGAAGACAGAUGACGACGCCCUGCGCAAAGUCUUUGACAAUGCCUCCUUCUGGCAGAGCUUCAAGCAGGCGUCGUCCGACAAACCACCAUCCGGUAUCAUUGGCAACAAGUACCUUACACAUCCAGAGGGCUUCAUAGACUUUGUCACCAUCACCAUCCACCGCUGCAAUGCCGUCGUUGAAAAGGUCUCGACGGCCGAGUCGACAUCCGACCUCAGGAACAUGGUCAAAGAGCUGGACAAGCUGAGCGAUCUGCUGUGCAGAGUCAUCGACCUGGCCGACUUCGUGCGCGGGACGCACCCCGAUCGCAAGUUCCAGAUCAUGGCCAUCAAGGCAUACCACACCGUGUUCCAGUACAUGAACCAGCUCAACACCACACCCGUGCUAUACGAUCAGCUGAAGAGGGCGUCAGAGAUACCUGAAGUGUACGAGAGUUGGUCAGAGGAGGAGAAGAUUGUUGCACGAAUACUCAUGGAAGACUUUGCAAGAUUUGGGAUUGGAUUAAACGACGAAACGAGACAACGACUGGUGGACCUGAGCGGCGAAAUUGCAGAGGUUGGAUCGCAGUUUGUGGAAGGAAUGGCGCCGGAGAAGCAUUCGUUAAAGUUCAACUCCAAGAGGCUGAAGGGGCUGGACCCAAACCUGGCAAAGGCCUUGACGAAAUGGGGCGAGACGAAGAUAUCGACCAUGCACAACGAGGCGCAAAGCGUGUUACGAUUCGUCGACGACGCCGAUGUACGCAGAGACACAUACACAGCUGUUCGAACAGCCGGGAAAUCCAGCAUAGACCGCUUGGAGAAGAUGUUGAAACUCAGGGCAGAGCUGGCGAAACUGUCUGGAUACGAAACAUUCGCGCACAUGACGUUGGAGAAUAAGAUGGCAAAGACACCAGAAGCCGUCGACCAGUUUCUCAGAGCUCUACACCACGACAAUCAGCCGGCUGUAAAGGCGGACUUGGAGGAACUUUUAGCGCUGAAGAAAGGUGAUGCACAUCAGGACAACUUCCCUGACAGCAUCAACGCGUGGGAUAAGUUCUACUACACACAAAAGGUACUCUCCACAAUGGAGGGUCACUACAAGCAACGCACACCAGACUCUUUGUCUGCUUACUUCUCUGUUGGGACCGUGCUGCAAGGCAUCUCACGCCUCUUCGACCGUCUCUACGGCGUGCGUCUCGUCCCAAAAGAGACACAACCAGGCGAAGUAUGGGACGACGGCGUCCGUCGCCUAGACGUAAUAUCCGACACAGAAGGCCACAUCGCCGUGCUAUACUGCGACCUCUACUCACGCCCCGGCAAGACGCCAAACCCCGCACACUUCACGCUCCGCUGCAGCCGGGAGAUCCUCCCCGCCGAGCUCUCCGAAAUGUCGCACAUGCAGCACCGCUUCUCCUCGCCCAUCGAAGCCGCCACAGACGGCAUGCCCGUAUCCUUCAACGCAGAGCGAAACAGCUACUUCCAGCUCCCCACUAUCGCCCUCAUCUGCGACUUCUCCAAGCGCGCCCACCCGCGCCCCACCCUCCUCAACAUCCACGACGUCCGCACCCUAUUCCACGAAAUGGGCCACGCACUCCACUCGAUCCUCGGCCGCACCGCCCUGCAAAACGUCUCCGGCACCCGCUGCGCAACAGACAUCGCCGAACUCCCCUCAGUCCUAAUGGAGCACUUCGCCUUCUGCCCUCACGUCCUCGCCCUCUACGCUCGCCACUGGGAAACUGACGCCCCGCUGCCCCCGCAGGCCCUCGAGCACCGCCUCGCUAUCGAUACCCGCAACCAGUACACAGAGCUCGAGAGCCAGAUCCUACUCUGCAUGCUCGAUCAAGUCUACCACUCUGCCGCCCCGCUGCACAGCCCCUUCUCCUCCACGCACGUCUACCACGCCGUGUACAAUGAGUUCGCCAGCGUGCCUGAGCCUGCGGGCACCGCGUGGCAGGGCUUCUUCGGCCAUUUGUUCGGCUACGGCGCGACGUAUUACUCGUAUCUUUUCGAUCGCGCGAUUGCGGCGAAGAUCUGGCAGGAUGUUUUUCAGCGGCAGGGGCCUGAGGGGAGCUUGGAUAGGGAGAAUGGCGAGCUUUAUCGCAGGGAGGUGUUGAGGUGGGGGGGCGGGAGGGAUGGCUGGCAGUGUCUUGCUGGUGUGUUGAAGGAUCCGAGCUUGGCUGAGGGCGGCGAGAAGGCCAUGCAGGAGGUUGGGAAGUGGGGGAUUAGGGAUGCGGGGAAAUGAAUGGGGGAGGUAGUCUGGUAUGAAAGUAUGUGUUUGAUGUGGAUAGAGUAGAUCGGUGGAUUAUAUGUAUACAUGUACAUGCUAUUGACGCCUCCUUUUUCGCACAACCACAUAGACCAGUAGCCAUCUCUCUGGAGAACCAAUCAAUACACGUCUAGUACGACACACACACCCAACUACCCAUCAAACCCUCACUCCCGAACCUCAAUCCUCGCAAUCAACUCCCCACCCAACCUCGCAAU